GAAGACGAAACCACACGCGUCAGUAACUAAACCACUCAGUCCAAGCUCGUUUACAUUUCUUCUGUAAAUCUGCGCCUCCAAAUCACUCUUCAUCCUGCAACAGUUCUUCAAGCAGAGCGACUGAGAUUCAGAGAGGGCGAGAGUGGCCAUGGAAGCUGCGAUUUGCGGUCGACUGCCUCUUUCACCCUACCAUUUCUUCAAUUCCACCAGGCCAGGGGAUAAAUACUAUUUUCAUAAACAAUGUAGAAACCGGAGCAUCUUAACGAUGCUAUCAGUUGCUGAGCUCGGAAAAGGUGGAGGAUUGUUAGAAAAGCCAGCCACAGAGAAGACAACACCUGGCCGCGAAUCUGAGUUUAAUGUUAGGAAAUCAAGGAAAAUAGCUCCACCUUACCGAGUGUUGCUACACAACGACAAUCACAAUAAGCGGGAAUAUGUUGUGCAAGUUCUGAUGAAGGUGAUCCCUGGAAUGACAGUUGACAAUGCAGUCAACAUAAUGCAGGAGGCGCAUUACAAUGGGAUGGCAGUGGUAAUUAUCUGCGCCCAAGUGGAUGCAGAAGAUCACUGUAUGCAGCUGAGAGGCAAUGGUCUUCUUAGUUCAAUUGAGCCUGCAAGCGAUGGUUGUUGAAUAGGGAGAAUAGAUUAUGUAAUGUACUCUCUUCUGCCCAUGUUAAAAUAUUGAAUGUCAUCAACUGCUACAAAAUUAUGUACAUAAAUAGAGAUACUUCAUAAAGAAAUAAACUUCAAUUUACGAAUGCAUGCUCAUUCACUCCGG